CUCCUCCCAAACCCUCACCAACUCCAAAUCAACACCUUGGUCCGGUGGAAUUCUCCUUCACCCGACCCAUUCUCCCCUCCAUCGGCAUUGGAAUUUCUUCUGCGCCGGCUGUGCCAGAAGACUCGUUUCUCCUCUGCUCAUUUUCCUUCUCCCCUCCUCCCGUCCGCCGUCACGCCUCGGUCGCCGCCUGUUCCCACAGCGCCUGCGAUCCUCGCCCUCGGCCGACCCCUUCCGCUCCUUCAUCAGAACGGAAAGGAAACAAAGGCAGCUUGGUCCUCGACCUCAAGCCCGCCCCCUUGUCGAGUCUCUACCGCCUUUAGUCGCGCGUUCCUGUCGUUUCGCGAGAGUCUGUGACAGCGCCCGGAUUCGCUACCGCAUCGUUUUUUUCAGGUCAACCGUCGGUCUUUCACGCCCUCGACCGACCUUUAAAAACCACCCAAUACACACUCGCGUCUUGUCUGCAUCAACUUCUUUUCCCCCUCAACUUCGACGACUUCUCGCAUCGCGAACGCCUUCUCCCUUAUGACGUCGCCUGCGAAUCAGCAGAACCCGAUCCCGGCGACCAACACCUCUGCGACCACGGCGACUUCUUAUGCCUCCGCUGCAGGUGCGCCCAAGAAGUCUGCUGCACCGGCGCCCGUAGUCGCCCCCGGUUCCCAACCCGCUGUCGUGGUUGGCUCUUCUUCUGCCUCUUCGGCGCAGAAUGCCAAGGCAGCUUCGCCAUCUCCUGUGAACGGCAAGCCAGCCGUCGCUCCCGCAGUCCCUGCUGUCGCUCGCGGCAUCACCGCCGCGAACGGGUCCGCCUCGGACCACUCCCGCAAGAGCUCCGUCACCAUGGCUGCCAACGGCCCCAGCAGCUAUGCUGCCAACGGCGGUCCCGUCGGCGGUGCCAAGCCUGGCAUCCAGUUCGGCUUCGAUUCGCCUGCCAUGGCCCACAGCACCCCGCAGACUGGAUCGUCCGCUCCGAUCCCCAUUCCCGGCGGCAACGCGCGUGUGCCAUCUCCCGCGCACUCACCGUCGCCCAUCCCCCAGCCCUCUGCAAGCGGAGGCCGACCUCCCUCUGGUCUCCAGCAGCCCAGUGGCCCAAUGACAUUUGGAAGUCUCGGUAGCGAUGGCGAGCGCCACAUGAGACAGGGCUCUGUCCCUCCGAACCCCAGUGCCAUGGGCGCGCAGCACGGCGCCCACUUCCGACGUGAGUCGGGUCACUCCGUCCAGAGCGACAACCCUGGCGCUCCCAACCGUGGCAACUUCCCACCUCAGGGUGGCCGUGGCCGAGGUGGCUUCAACCCGCAUGGCAACUCGUACAACAACCAGAUGGGCUACCCACCCAACAACCAGUUUCGCAACGGCCCCGGCCAAGGCCGUGGCAUGCCCCCGUCCUUCCAGCCGCAGCCCCGAAACAUGCCGUACCCGAAUUCUCCUCAGCCGAACCGGAGCCCGGCCCUCGUGCCUUCGAUGCCGAACACGCCGAACAUGGCGCCUGCCAACAUGCAGCCCAACAUGUCGAUGCAGACUCCGCCCCAAUACCACUAUCCGCCACCGAUGGCGCCUCAGCAUCAACAAGUACAUCCCCCCCUCCCCAUUGCUUCCUCCAGCAAGCUGCAUUUGAAGCCCCACAAGAAGAACAAGGCACGUCGUGAGCACGAUAAGCCAUAUCACCCGGGACGCCAGCCGGACUCUGCGCGUGAGCUUCAUGGGACCGCCGUCAGCCUUCAUCCACGCCGCUACAGUCAACGUGCGGAUCAGAUGUGGCGCGAGCAAAUCAUGGGCGGCAUGCGUGUGGUAUCCAGCGGCGCUUCGAAGCCUGGCUGUCAAGGACAAGAGCCUCGCCGUCCGUUCGUCGCAAAUGAAAAGCAACCCCCUUCUAUUGAUCUUUCUCCGGAGAACGGAGCAUUUGAAUUUUUGCUGACCAUGAAGACCCAGAGCUUUGGCUACCCUCCUCAGCAGAUGGACCAAUAUGGCCGGCCCAUGUCCAUGCCCUACGGCUAUAACAACAUGCCGUACAUGGCGCCUCCCCAGACUAACUCUCCAGGUUACGGCCAGCAGUACGCUCCCCCACCGUACCACCCCCAGGCUCACAGCAUGUCGCGCAGCCCUUCGCAACCGGAGCGGCCCUCGAGUGCCAACCAUCAGAACCAGCCGGUCAUUGUGUCCUCCACCCCGCAGCCCCAGAAUGCGCAGCCCAACCCUGCCGCGAAAAACUUCGUGAAGCCUGGACGGAAGAGCGCUGCGAUCCAGAUCAAGAACGCUGCUGGUGAGGUCGUGGACACAUCCGCCUUCAAGCAGCCUGCUUCCCCUGCUCCCAGCGUUCAGCAGUCUAAGACGCCGCCCGUUGUGGCUUCCACUCCGACGCCACCUCCCAAGUCCUUGACUCCCUCCCAUGUUCGCACCGACAGCCAAGCUACCCCGAAGACAGCAAAGGAGAUUCAGGACGAACUGAAGGAGAAGAUUAAGCAGGCCACUCAAGCCUCCUCCGCCGAGAGCAAGGCCAAGGAGGAACCCGUUGCUACCGCCACAAAGUCGUCCCCUGAAGCAGAGGCCCCGGCUCCGGCUGUCGAAUCGGCCAAGGCCGACGCUUCUGCUUCUGAAGCGAAGGUCGAGGAGCCCAAGGUCGAGGAGCCAGAGAAGACCGAUGCGCCCAAGAAAGCCGACGAGCCCAAGAAGGCUGACGAGGCCAAGCCUGUCGAGCCUUCCAAGAGUGCCGAUCCCGAGGAGGACGAGAUUGAGCGAAUGAUCCGCGAAAUGGAAGAGGCUGAUGCCAGGCGCGAGAAGGAAGAGGAGGAGCACCGAAAACGGCGCGAAAUCGAGAAGGCUGCAGCCAAGAAGGAGGAAGAAGAGAACCGCAAGGUCAAUGCUGCCGACGAGGACCGCAGACUCCGCGAGCAGGAGCGCGAGAUGGAGCGCCUCGAAGAGGAGAAGGAGCGGAAGCAGAAGGAGGCCGAGGCGUCCGGCAAGUCCGUGUCCGUCGCCGACGCCUUGGCUCAGCUGCGCUCUGGCAAGGAGGCCGAGCCGUCCAAUGUGGAUACCGUCACCGACAAGCUUGCCGACAUGAAGAUCGAGGGCGACGCGGCUGCUGAUGCUUCCCAGAAGCCCAGCGCUGAGAAGCGCGGAUCCAAGCCUGCAGCUCUGAACCUCGCGCCACUGAACACCAAGCCCGUUGAGCCGCCGCAGCCGAGUGCCGCCCUCCAGUCUCUGAAGUCGGCGCGUUUCUUGCAGGUCAUGGACCAGGAUAUUUAUCCCGAGGGCAUCAGCUCGCCAAACCCUGCUCUCAACGCUGCUGUGACCAAAAAGGGCAAGACCUUCAAGUACGACGCCAACUUUUUGCUGCAGUUCCAGAAGGUCUUCACGGAGCAGCCAUCGCUUGAGUUCCACCAGCAGGUGAAGUCGCUCAUUGGAGACAGCGACGGUCGUUCGCGUGCUCAAACACCUGGCCCCAGAGUCAAUUCGCGCGGCGCCGGUGGUGGCGCCUUCAACAUGGGCACUUUCAACGCUCCCAUGGGAGGCCGCACCCUGCCCCCUGGCACUACGUCCUCGGAACGACUGGCCAUGGCCAGCGGCACCAUGCCCCGCCCUCCGAUCAACUCGAUCGGAUCGUUCAGUGCCCGCUCCGGCGCGUUCCCUACCGCUCCGAUGUCGCGAACCUCAUCGCAGUCCAAUGCGCGGAACAUGCCCAACUCUCCUCGCCAGUCCAGCCGCUCUACUCGUGGUAGCCGGCGUAACGAUCACGGUGGUGUCAAGGAAGCCCAGGCUGCUAAGACCAUGCCUUUGACUGCCGGGCAAGAAAUCAAGCCCAUCACGGUUUCUGCUGGCGGCUGGAAGCCUACUAGCAUCGGCAAGCCCACGGCGCAAGGUACUCCCAGCGGUUACUUGGACCCUGAGAUGGUCCAGAGGAAGGUCAAGGCGGCACUAAACAAGAUGACACCUGAGAAGUUCGACCGAAUCGCCGACCAGAUUCUUGAGAUUGCCUCGCAGUCCAAGGAUGAGUCCGACGGCCGCACCCUCCGCCAGGUCAUCCAGCUUACCUUUGAGAAGGCCACUGACGAGGCCCACUGGGCAUCAAUGUAUGCCAAAUUCUGCAAGCGCAUGUUGGAGACUAUGAGUCCCGAGGUUCGCGACGAGCGGAUCAAGGACAAGAACGGCAAUGUCGUUAGUGGCGGCCACCUGUUCCGCAAAUACCUUUUGAACAGGUGUCAGGAAGAAUUCGAGCGCGGCUGGACGACCAACCUGCCUGAGCAGAAGGAAUCCGAGGAGGUCGGAGAGAAAGGUGCGGAGGCGAAGCCCGGUGAGGCAGCCUUGAUGUCGGAUGAGUACUACAUUGCCGCCGCCGCGAAGCGACGUGGCCUUGGUCUGGUCCAGUUCAUUGGUGAGCUGUACAAGCUUGGCAUGCUUACUGAACGCAUCAUGCACGAAUGUGUUCAUAGGCUGGUCGACUACAAGGGCAUUCCUGACGAGGCCGAGAUCGAGUCACUCAGCAAACUGCUCCGCACCAUCGGUGCCAACCUGGAUCAAACCGAGAAGGGCCGCCCCAUGAUGGACGCCUACUUCCAGCGCAUCCAGACAAUGAUGGAUCUGCCCGACCUUCCAAGCAGACUCAAGUUCAUGCUCAUGGACGUGUUGGAUCUGCGAAAGGCGAACUGGCACUCAAAGGAGGCAAACAAGGGACCUAAGACUCUGGAAGAGGUCCGCGCAGAGGCGGAGGCUGCACAAGCCGCCAAGGCCCAAGAAGCUGCUCGAAGCAAUCAACGGGGUGGUGGUCGCCCGCCGGUUGGCCGGGGCGAUGCCCGCAACUUCUCUGCAGGCUACGCCCAGCAGACGAGCAAUCAGGUUGGUAUGGACGACCUGCGGCGUCUUAAGGGCUCCGCAAGCCGGAUAGCCAGCCAAAACGUCACCCUUGGCCCCACCUCGAUGUUCUCGUCGCGUAGCAACAGCGGUCGUCGUCUUGGUCCAGGUGGCUCUCUGGGUCGCCCCGGCGAGGACUCUGGAGCUUCCUCCCGAACGGGCACACCCCCCAACCGGGACAGCACGUCCAAUUCCAACGCAUUUAGCCUGCUGGCAAACAUGGAGACCGAGCACCCAGCCUCACCCCCAUCUGCAGGACCUUCUCCUUCCUUAGCCAAGGCUGUCCCCGACAGCGAUAAGAAGGAGAAUGAAUAAAGGCAUUUCUUACAUUCAGCGUCUUGCAUUUCGGAUGAUAGACUGGGUGGGGUUGUCUUCUGUUGUCAUUUUUGCAUUUCCAGGCUUUCAUGCGACGCAUCCUCCAAAAAGUUGCACGCGCGUUUCGAAUCGAUGAUACCUCCUCGCUCAUAGACCAUUUGACCAGGCAGACAGAGACGCAGCCUCCCAACGCGGGGGGAGGGUCCGUGGUUCCGGACGUGGAGAUUCCUUUCUUCAGUGUGUUCAUUACUUCAUUCGACUGCCGUCUUAUUUAUCGCCGCGUCUAAACAGUCCGACAUGAUCGGAAAUAUUUGGCGAGAUGGGGGCCUAACUUGGCUUAUCUAUACCGCCUCGAAAGCAUGGCCUAGGCGACAAGGGCAAGUCCUCAGAGGCAUGCCGCGACGUCAGAAUGGGAUGGGGGGUGAGAGGAGAGGGAAUGGUGAAAAGGCGAAGCUGGUCUCCUGCGCAGGAUUCGCUUCCGAGAGGCCGGGGACGACCAGGCAAACGAGACCCCGAACGAUUUCCACGUCUGAUGUUUCCCUCCCACUUGACCGGAGUUGCCUGCACAGCACAGCAAGCGGCCGGCGGUCGCCAACGUCGGACGCUUGAGCCGCAGUCAACUCGAUGAUGUAUUCAGGGUGGAAGGACUGGAGUCGGACGGGGUUGGCUUUUGCGAGAACGCGGUCUUGCUAUUUUUACUGUACAAUCAUCUAAUUCCAGGGAGCAUUCGGCCGCUUCACGAGUUGGCGGAAAUACAUACUUGUUCUGCAAAAUAAUCUGCGACGUGAGAAGUGCCCGGGCAAAAUGGCC